GCUCCAAGAGAGCGCGUGCCGCGUGAGAAACGCUCUGGAACCGCACAAUAGAACCAAUUGAUUGGAGGUUGCAUGCAGUAGGCGGAACCUGGACACGCUCAACAUCACACAUUCAAUAGAUUAUGAGCUACAUUUUUAUAGUGAACACAUUACAUUUACACAGCAAUUGAGAAGGAGCGCACACGGAUCUCAUAAAAUAUUGAUUGCCGUAUAACAGGUAACGGAGUGAAGAGCCACAAGACAAAGAAAAAACAGCAAAGAAGCGGAUGCAAGAUUCGUGUGGAGAUAUUCGGACUGAGUUCACAUUGGCACACUAUCUCUGACUCCUGAAGGAAAAGAGGAAAAGAAAAGAGGACAUCAGACACAGCACACACACAUCCAUCAGCACAAAGAUGAGUGACGAUAAAGCAGCUGAAAGCGUAGAACCUGCUCCACCAGCAGCAGCACCAGCUUCAACACCAGCAGCAGCACCAGCACCAGCAGCACCAGCAGAGAUGAACUCUAUUCCCAAUGGGAAAGGCCAUGAGCCUGGGGAGGAAACCACAGCAGCAGCCAAAACACCACCAGGAGACACCACAGAGCAGGAAAUUGUUCCUAAUAGUGUCCAAAAUGUCAGAAGUGAGGAUCCAGAGGCUAACCUUGCAGAGAGUCAGGAGUUCCUGUCUAGCAUGGAGGACAAGAAGACCACAGGCUUCACGGACUUUGAGGGGAAGACCUCUUUCGGAAUGUCAGUAUUCAACUUGGGCAACGCCAUCAUGGGAAGUGGAAUUCUGGGAUUGUCGUACGCCAUGGCCAACACAGGGGUCGUCCUAUUCCUGGUGCUCCUGACGGUAGUGGCUGUCCUCUCAUCUUACUCCAUCCACUUGCUACUCAAGUCCUCUGGCAUUGUGGGUAUCCGGGCGUAUGAGCAGCUGGGCCAAAGGGCGUUUGGAACGCCAGGCAAGAUGGCCGCCGGCAUCGCCAUCACACUGCAAAACAUCGGCGCCAUGUCCAGUUACCUGUACAUUGUGAAGUAUGAGUUCCCUCUGGUCAUCCAGGCCUUCCUGGGGGUUGACAAUCCAUCAAGUGAGUGGUACCUGAAUGGGAACUACCUGGUCAUCAUGGUGUCCAUCAGUGUCAUCCUGCCUCUGGCUUUGAUGAAGCAGCUAGGGUACUUGGGCUACACCAGUGGCUUCUCCCUCACCUGCAUGGUCUUCUUCCUCAUCUCGGUCAUCUAUAAGAAGUUCCAUACCCCCUGUCCCUUUAUGGACUUUGCCUUUAACAGCACAGCCAGUGUGACUGCUGUUACCAAUGACACAGGUUACAACCAAGCCUGUGUUCCCAAAAUGGUCAACCUCAACUCACAGACUGCCUACACCAUCCCCAUCCUGGCGUUUGCCUUUGUGUGCCACCCUGAGGUCCUGCCCAUCUACACCGAGCUCAAAAACCCAACCAAGCAAAGGAUGCAGCAUGUGUCCAACAUCUCCAUUGUAGUCAUGUACACCAUGUACUUCCUGGCUGCUCUGUUUGGAUACCUGACCUUCUAUGGUGAGGUGGAGUCAGAGCUGCUGCACACCUACAGCCGCCUGGACCCGUACGACACCCUGAUCCUCUGUGUCCGUCUGGCCGUGCUCACCGCUGUCACACUCACCGUCCCCAUAGUGCUCUUCCCUGUAAGGAGAGCCAUCCAGCAGUUGUUUUUCCCCAACAAGACAUUCUACUGGCCCCGCCACAUUGUCAUUGCUGUCACCCUGCUCACCCUCAUCAACAUGCUGGUCAUCUUUGCCCCUAACAUCCUGGGCAUCUUCGGCAUCAUCGGUGCCACAUCUGCCCCCUGCCUCAUCUUCAUCUUCCCUGCUGUCUUCUACAUCCGCAUUGUACCCGAAGAGGAAGAGCCCAUGCGCUCUACCCCCAAAAUCCUGGCUGCCUGCUUCGCUGGAAUAGGCUUCCUGUUUAUGGUAAUGAGCCUCAGCUUUAUCCUCAUUGAUUGGACGUCGGGGAGUAGCAAAGCCAGCAGCGGUCAUUAGGCUGCUUCUAUAAGUCUUCUGUUUUUAAAUUGUAAAUCUAGACCUGUAUUGUAUUUUCUCUGUGUUGUCAUGGAUCAUAUUUAGUAGAAGAUGCACUAUCUCUUCCUCCAGAAUGAGUGGGCCAUAGUGUCUAGAGAUGGGGAAUUCAAUCUUCUGGAGGUUUCUGCUCCCCGUUGGACUGCUUCUCACUCAAGGUACAUGGAAUUGUAGCCCCAGCCAAACUGUGUAUAGAGGGAAAGGCCAACAUACUUUCCUGGGGAAGACGAUAGUGCAUUGCAAACAAAUGGAAAGUCAUGUUGGCUCGCUGAAUCUGCCACCACCUCCCAUUCCAGCCCUGCCCUCCAGACCAGACCCAUAAUCUAUUACCCUAUAAACGUGUAAUCUGUCAAUCACAGCAAGAAUCUAACUGCCACACUCUAGUCUAGAUAACCACAUAGCUUUCAGUAGGGGAGAAGAAGACACAACAGAUCGUUGGAGGCUGGACAGUUCUUUCAUAUUUGUAGGUCAAGUCUACUGUGUUAAGUUAUUGAUGUAGUUAGGUCAUGGCAAUAUUCGGUGCAAUAGCUGAGGAAAUGUGGCAUUAAAAGCUAUUGGACAGAGGCAGAGCGGUGGUUACUGUGGCAACGUCCAGUGACCCGUGCUGGUGUUGUCACCCGGUGGCCAGAUGCCGUCCUUAAUCUACACGCUCGGCUUCACUCCUCACAGAUAUCAGAGGAUGGAACCAUGCAACUGAUAUGCAACUGUACAGUGUGUGCAGUGUGUUGACUCUACCAUUACAAUACAGUAUGAUAUAUAUACAGUAUCAGCCAAAAGUUUGAAAUAACACAUAUGGAAUCAUGUAGUAGCCACCCUUUACCUUGAUGACAGCUUUGCAAAUUCUCUCAACCAGCUUCACCUGGAAUGCUUUUCCAACAGGAAUUCCAACAUAUGCUGAGCACUUGUUGGCUACUUUUGCUUCACUCUGUGGUCCAUCUCAUUCCAAACCAUCUCGAUUGGUUUGAGGUCGGGUGAUUGUGGAGCCCAGGU